AUGGUAUUUUCGCUGUCUAAAUGGGAGCCUGCCCCUCCUCCAGUCGUAGAUGCUCCGCCACCGCCACCGAACUUGAACCUUCCAGUGGAGGCUCCUCCCGCAGGACUGCCUGGGCUUUUCACUGGACUUACUCCUCUGUCAUCAGCUGAUGGAGUGGAUCAGAGACACAGUAAAGAACUUGCUCAAGAUACUAGAACUGGAAGCUCUGCACCGCUUGCUCAUUCGUCAACACCUGGAACUCCUGGAACGACUAUAGUGGAGGAAGUGGCAAUGGAGCGUCGUGACGUCGCCGCCACAGCUCAUGCAAUAGCAUCGAGCAAGGUACCUAUCACACAACAAACUCCCUUCCCAGGUGUCUUGCUUGUCGAGAAAGAGAAGGAAAAGAGUUCCGCCGAAGGCCGAGUAAAACAGGCACGGGUCGUUCACGAGGCACUAAUGGCGCUCCUAAGAGGAUUCGGACCACGCCGAGUCUCCCAGUUGGAAGCAGGACCACAACUUCAAAGCCAUCGUCACAGUCUUUCUUCCCGUAUUGGACUGGUCGAAGGCGUAUGUGCUCUGUCGUCGGACCGAACACGACCUCUACCGGUGCCACUCGCGGAUCGAAAAUGGUUUCUACCGAAAAAAGUACUUGGGGACCUACUGGUGGAACUUCUAGCAGCUCAAAACCUUCUAGCAAACAGAGAUCUUUUCAGUAAACCACGUACUCCUUCCACCAAACGUCCACCGGAGCCUCCAGCUGAUGUAUACGAGCUGCGGCGACGUAUGGAGAGAGCAAGGGAAAAUCAAAUGGCAUGCGAAGCCGUGAUGCAAGAACCUAGUCGAGACCAAGGCUCCUCCACUCAAUCUCCAUUUGUUCACAACAUCACGAGAGAAAAAUUUCUGUGCUGGAAUGAACAAGCCAUGGGAAAAGGCGAUUGUUUUUCAGAUCGAAUUGACAAAGAUCGAACUCGUGAUGGACGUGGAAGUGGUGUCAUCCGGUUUUAG